AUGCUCCGUAUACAGUACAGGGCAGUAGGAUGCACUUGCACCGCCGCAGAGCAGCGAGGUCAUCGGCAACGCGGCGCUAGUCCAAAUCAAGCUGCACACCAGCCCCAGCUGAGCGCCACAGGAACGGCCAGCACGUUGGAGCUCGCUCACCUGUCGCGAUCGUGUCCUCUUUCUCUCCGCUGCUCCCUCGGAUUCACACUCUACGCUUCCGCAGCACGUCGACUGCCAUUGCCGCCGACCCGCGACACGACAGCUGCCAUCGAGCUGCCCGCUGCCGUUGCAGCCUCCGCCCUCUCGCCGAACCGGCCCUCGCCAUCGCCGUCCCGUCCGCUCCCUCGAGCUAGUCGCCACCGCACCCUUCAGCAUGGUGCUCAACGUUUUCCGCGUCGCCGCUCAACGUACGCUCGUCCGCCCUCGCCCCUCCCCGCCCAUCCCCCAUCCCCUCCUGUCCCCUGUCCCCUCGAAUGUCCAUCGCGCGAGGCUUACACGCUCCAGAGCUGCUCCGGCAUCUCGUUCAAGUCGCAAAUACUCUACCUCUUCGUCUACAUCACCAGAUAUCUCGAUAUAUUCUCGACCGAGAGCAUGUACAACCUCGCCUUCAAGAUCAUGUUCAUCGGAUCCCAGGGCUACAUCAUCUACCUCAUGACCAACGCCUACAAGCCGACCAACGACCCCAACGUCGACACCUUCCGCGUCCAGUACCUCCUCGCCGGCGCCGUCGUCCUCGCCGUCCUGUUCCCCUACAAGUACACCUUUUCCGAGAUCCUCUGGGCCUUUUCCAUCUGGCUCGAGUCGGUCGCCAUCCUGCCCCAGCUCUUCAUGCUGCAGCGGACCGGCGAGGCCGAGACCAUCACGACGCACUACCUCUUCGCCCUCGGCAGCUACCGCGCGCUCUACAUUCCCAACUGGCUCUACCGAUACUUUGCCGAACCCAAGCACAAGCCCGACUGGAUAGCCAUCCUCGCGGGCAUCGUCCAGACCAUCCUGUACAGCGACUUCUUCUACAUCUACUACAACAAGGUGCUCAAGGGAAAGAAGUUUAAGCUGCCCGUGUAG